UUGAUCCGAUUGAGACACAACAGUCAGAUCUGACGCGAUCCCAACAUUCUCUUAAUGCAACCAAAAAUCAUGUCAAAAAUCUAACAAGAAAUUAAACGGGAUCAGAUACCCUUUUUCCCCACACGCUCAAGCUCUCUGCAGCCUUAAUUUGAUUCCCCUCUUUCGAAGCCAAGCUCACACAACACAGACUAAGUGUGUAUGUGAAGAAAUGUUUCCAUAUGGAAAGAGAAAUUAGUGUUUCUUGCAGCCUCGGCAAAACCUAGCUGCACUCUAGUUUCUCAAUUCCACUUUCUUCAAUCUUAAGGAUGUAACGUCUGUAUAUAUAUAUAUACUCUUGUUCUUGAUUUAUGUUUCUCAAGAUUUUGUAAUCAAAGGCGAUUAUUUGUUACACGUAAAAUUUUGGGUUGUCUGAGCACAAUGUGGCUGGUUUAAGGUUCGUGAUUGUGGUAGGAUCUUCGUGGAUAGAUGGCUCUUUUACGCAAAUUUUUCUACCGGAAGCCGCCGGAAGGGCUCUUGGAGAUCUCCGAAAGGGUUUAUGUGUUUGAUUGCUGCUUCACUACGAAUGUUUUGGGUGGUGAGGAGUAUGAAGUGUAUAUAGGGCGUAUCGUGGAUCAGCUCCGCGAAUACUUCCCGAAUUCAUCGUUCAUAGUGUUUAGUUUCGGAGAUGGGGAUUACCAAAUAGAGAUCACUAGUGUUCUAGCUAACCAUGGCAUAACAGUGGUUGAUUACCCCAGCCAGAAUGAGAGCUGCCCGGUGCUCACGGUGGAGAUGAUCCACCACUUUCUUAGGUCGAGCGAGAGCUGGCUCUGCAUUGGGCAGAGGAACGUGCUCCUGAUGCAUUGCCAGAAUGGGGCCUUCCCUGUGCUCGCCUUCAUGCUGUCAGCAUUCUUGAUAUACAGGAAGCAGUACAGCGGGGAGAAGAAGACGUUGGAUAUGGUGUACAAGCAAGCUCCUGAAGAGGCUAUGCACUUGCUGUCGCCUAUAGACCCGUUGCCUUCACAAUUGAGGUAUCUGCAGUAUGUGUCGAGGAGGAACAUAGGGUCGCGUUGGCCACCCUUGGACAGGGCUCUGACCUUGGAUUGUGUCAUUCUUAGAGCCAUCCCCAAUAUGGAUGGAAAGGGGGGUUGCCGUCCCAUAUUUAGGAUAUAUGGACCGGAUCCAUUGAUGGCUGCUGAUCCCAAAACUAAGAUGCUUUUCUCUAUGCCAAAGAGAAGCAAAGCUGUGGGUUAUUUUAAACAGGCAGACUAUGAACUUGUUAAAAUUGAUAUCAAUUGCCAUGUACAAGGUGACGUUGUUCUCGAGUGUAUAACUCUGGAUGAUAAUUUAGAAGACGAAGACAUGAUGUUCCGCGUGAUGUUCAACACGGCGUUUAUCAGAUCAAACGUGUUGAUGCUUACCUGUGAGGAGCUUGAUACAGUUUGGAACGCCAAGGAUCACUUCCCUAAGGACUUCAGAGCAGAGAUUAUUUUCUCCGACAUGGAUUCCACUUCUGCAAUUACGAUGAUUGAUUUACCGAGCAACCAAGAUAUAGAAGGUCUUCCCAUUGAAGCAUUUUCUCAAGUUCAUGACAUAUUCAACGACCUCGACUGGGGGGACACGGAGAUAGACAAUGCUCUCAACAUAAUCCAACAAAUGACUGUCUCUAGUAUUCUUGAAGAGAAGCUCGAUUUUGCUGGUUUUUCAAGUGCCAGAAAGGAGAGCUGGCAGAAUGUUGGGCAGGCUGAGAAAGCUGACCUUGCCCCUUUGAAGGUUACUUCUUCUGCUGAUUUUCAUGCAUUUCUUGAGAAUGACAUGACUUCUCCACCGGCGGGGCUGCGUGAAGUGCUGUCAGCCGCUUCUUCAAAGUCAUCAUUUGAUUUGGAGAACUCUACCAAGAAUAAUGAAUUGCAUAUUUCUGCACUGUCUAGUCAAGCCUCGUAUGCCAGUUCACCGCAGGGUUCGCCCGGAGCUCUCACAGGGUACCGCAAUGCGGCACACUCAGCCGUUGGGAUUACAGCUCUGCUACACGACCAUGCUGAUAUGGAAUCUUCUAUGACAUCAGUCACUCCGAGUUUAGUAAAAUCGGGAUCAGGAGCUGCUGCUGCUGCUGCUCCUCCUCCACCACCACUACCAUCGCAGUCUAGUCCUGACUUAUCUUCUUCUGCACCUCCUCCUCCCCCGCCACCUCCUAUUGUAGGAACAACCGAGCCCCCACAUUUUCCAUCAGCACCUUCCCAUUUCCCUCCUCCUCCACCCCCAUCUUCGUCUCUUACUAUCUCUCCUCCUCCAACACCAUCACAGGGGGCGACCCCACCUCCACCACCUCCACCUCAACGUUCAGUGCAGAAGGAAAUGCCAGCUCAAGGCGUUCCACCUCCGCCCGCUCCAUCAAAACCUGGCGGUGCUGCUUCAUUGCUGCUUUCAUCUGCCACUGCUAUAUUGGGUGGAAAGAAGUUGCAACUACGAAGUGGUGCAAAAAUGCCGGCUAAAAAGUCAUCCCUCAAACCGUAUCACUGGUUGAAGCUAACAAGGGCUAUACAGGGUAGCCUAUGGGCUGAGACACAAAAACCUGAGGAGGCUUCAAAAGCUCCCGAGUUGGACUUGACUGAACUCGAGAGUCUUUUCUCAGCUACUGUUCCAAAUUCCGGCCAGAAAACAAACAUGCGUGGCUCAACUGUCAAAUCUGAUAAAGUCCAUCUGAUUGAGCUCCGAAGGGCGUACAAUUGUGAGAUUAUGCUGACAAAAGUUAAAAUUCCUGUGUCUGAUUUAAUGAACUCGGUCCUUGCUUUAGAUGACUCAGCACUGGAUGCUGAUCAAGUUGAAAAUCUGAUAAAGUUUUGUCCAACCAAGGAAGAAAUUGAACUUCUCAAGAACUACAAAGGUGACAGUGAGAACCUUGGCAAGUGCGAGCAGUUUUUCAUGGAGUUGAUGAAAGUUCCACGCGUUGAGGCCAAGCUAAGAGUUUUCUCAUUUAAAAUUCAAUUGUGCUCCCAGGUGUCAGAUUUGAGAAAUAGCUUAGACGUCGUGAAUUCUAUAUCAGAAGAGGUCAGGGGUUCUGUGAAACUUAAAAGAAUCAUGCAAACUAUCCUUUCAUUGGGUAAUGCAUUAAAUCAGGGAACUGCACGAGGUUCUGCAGUUGGAUUCCGCUUGGAUAGCCUCCCAAAACUCGCUGAAACUAGAGCUCGAAAUAACAAGCUCACACUUAUUCAUUAUCUGUGUAAGGUGCUAGCCGAAAAGUUGCCUGAAGUAUUAGAUUUUCAUGAAGACCUAGUAAAUUUAGAGGCUGCAACAAAGAUUCAACUGAAGUACUUAGCAGAGGAAAUGCAAGCCAUUAGCAAAGGGAUUGAAAAAGUCGUACAAGAGCUUACUGCUUCUGAAAACGAUGGAGCUGUAUCAGAGAGGUUCUGCACGAUUUUGAAGAACUUUUUGGGCACUGCUGAAGCGGAAGAAAGAUCUCUGGCUGCACUUUAUUCCGGAGUGGGAAGGAAUGCAGAUUCAUUAGCUCAAUAUUUUGGAGAAGAUCCGGCACGUUGCCCAUUCGAGCAAGUUGUGUCAACUUUGAUGAACUUUGUGAGGAUGUUUCGGAAGGCUCACGAGGAAAACUGCAAGCAACUGGAGUUCGAGAAGAAGAAGAAGGCGCAGGAGGCAGCGGAGAAUCAGAAGCCGAAAGCAAAUGAUUCAAGCAAGGAGCUGGAAAAUGAUCAGAAUGGUAUUGCAACUUCAGCAAAACUGCCUGGACUUACAUAAACCUCAGCUGUAAGAUUAAAAAGAAAACAUUAAAGUCAUUGUUCAAGCUUAGUUGAAAAUCAAUGAUCAUGGCCAUCACCAUCUCAUCUCCCAAGUGUGUCCAGAAACGACGAUAGCUUGGCCGAUCAAUGGGGCCUGGGAGACGGUGUGAGGCGAUCUUGACCUGCUAGAUUCUCUGUAAAUAAACAAGAAUCCAUUUUUAUUUAGUCCAGUCCCGAUGCAGAAAGGUUGAGAAAUCUGGAAUUUGGAACAGCUCUCUUGCUUUUUUUUCUUUUUUCUUUUUUUAGUGUUGCUGAUUUCUAAUGGUCUGAUUGAGACUGUGCAUGUAAAAGCGCUAAUGUAAUUGCAAAAAAUUCUUGAACAUUGUCGGAAAAAUUAUUUGUGAAAUUAUUAGAGUAAAGAGGAUGGUGAUGGUGUU